AUGGCGGCCUCUUACCAUGCUCGAUCAAACAGCUUGCCCACAAGGCAACACCCCAUCGUUUCACAAAUCGACGAGAACUUGAACCGAUUGAGGGCAUCUCAAUCAGCCUCCACAUCAUCAUCCAUAGGCCACAAUCUAAGUGGUAUUCAGGAUUUGCAUGAAUGUGUUGAUGUAUUGCUUCAAUUUCCCCUCACCCAACAAGCUCUCGACCAAGAGAAGCAAAGGAAAUGGUUGAAGAGCUUUUGGAUGGAUCUCUCAUGCUCUUGGAUAAGACGUGGAGCCGCAGGGCUUGCUAAUGAUUUUAGGAAAUACUUGACAUCUAGGAAAGCCAUGAAAAGGAAAUCGCAAGGCGUUAAAGAACUUGAAGCAUAUCUGAAUAAACUCAAGACUCUGGCGAGAAUGGCGAGGCGAAUCAAAAUCGAGCCGUUGGUCACCGGUUUCAAGCUAAUGCACCGUAAGAAAGUAAUGUGCGAGGAAGAACAGAAAGCAAAUGAAAUUUUGAGUGUGAAGUCUGCGGUGCAUUCUCGCACCAAAUCAAAACAUGAAGCAUGUCGAGAACGUGCAAAAGGAGCUUCAAGGCUCGAGUUGAGCAUCCAAGAUCUUGUAGAAGGCCUUGAAACCCUCUCCAGCGUAUGA